AAAGUGUUUAACUCAGGUCUGGUUAGUAGUUGGUUCAAAAGCGACAAAUGCUUCACUGUGUAUCUGACGAUAGAAGACAGAAAGGGAAGGUGCUUCAUCUGCAACUUUCAUCGGAAAAUUUAUCAUUGCACCGCCGUGGAGACUGGUCGCCGCCGCCGCCGCCGUACAGAUCUCCGAGGCAAAGCAAAGAGCAGUAGAAGAAACAACAGACAAUGAUGCGAUUCAAAGAGGAAAAAGAAGCAAAGAAGGAAGCUUUUAGAAAAUAUCUGGAAUCAAGUGGAGCUGUUGAUGCUCUCACCAAAGUUCUUGUUGCUUUAUAUGAGCAAAAUGACAAACCUUCUUCUGCACUUGAGUUCAUUCAACAGAAAUUGAGCUGUCCUUCCAUCUCAGAGUAUGAAAAAUUGCAAGCUGAAUUCUCUGAUCUGCAAAUUAGAUAUAAUGAGCUUCUUGCUGCACAUCACACCACUUGCAAAGAGUUGGAAGAAAUGAAAAGCUCGCAUGCCUUGGCAAUGGCAUCUUCCAAGGAAACAACUGAUAUUGAACCCCCUAAAGAUGUGCUCUAAAGCUUCAAAGGUCCAUAGAAGUGCAUUUAACCUGGCAACUACUUGGUGUAUCAUCUCUUGUAAGUCAUAAGUGGUUUAUAUAUGGUGCUGGCUACUAUUACUGGUUAAUUGGAAUUGGGGUCACUCUUCCUUGUCUAGUGUAUGGUAUGGUUGCGGAAUAUGCUUGGGAUGCUAAAGCUAUUUUUCUCAUUAUGGUUUUGGUGAUAACAUGAGAGGAGGCUAUCAGGAGGGUACUUGAGGCUACAGCAUGAAUUGGAGGCAUGGUUUGGCAGCUGGGGCUGGGAGGGUUAUUAGAAUUUUUUGUAAGCUUCCUUGAAAAUCUCCUCUUGACUUUUCAAAAUUUGUACUCUUUUUCCUUGCUAGGUUUUCCUAAGGGGGGUUUUAUCCUAGUAAGGUUUUAAUGAGGCUUGUUUUGUUAAGUCUAUUUUCAAGGAGGUAUUAGGUGGGGUAGUUUCGUCUUGUUUAGGAUCCUUGUUUUUUUGUACUUGCUAGCUCUUAGCUUUUCUAUUCCUUACUCUUCUUUCUCUUUGUAUUGGGUUGAAGUACCCCUUGUAUUUCUAUUCAAUAUAAUUCUUAUUGCCUAUCAAAAAAAAAAUUGCCCUAAA